AUGAGUACCAAUGCAAGUGCUGUUGAGGCCAACAUGAAUGAAGAAGUUCUAAAUUGGGGUAUUGAUGAGGUUUCCAUCUGGUGCGCACAGAAGCUGGCGUUAGAUGGCGGGCGGCGCGACAAGUUUCAAGCAAACCUAAAAGAACACGGCAUUGACGGUCAAGUUUUAUUAGAUCUUGAGCUAGAGGACUGCAAGCAAUUAACAGACAACGAUAGCAGUCUCGCAGUGCAGCUGAAGCUGGAAGUAAAUAGACUGCGCGCUCAGAAACAGACUCAAGAAGACGAAAUUUUAGCGGUCCUCACACAGCUGUAUUCUACCGUGAGUGAGAAGCUACAGGACUUUCAAAGCCAGUACGCACGUCUGAGGCUUGAUGUGCUGGAGGUUGUCAAAAAAGAUCCCCACGCUAGCUUUCCGCCCAUCCAACUCAAUACCCAGCAUCAACAGCCACAGCACGACUACUUUGAGGGCCAAAAGAUUGUUACGCCUGGCUCUUCAAACAACACAUUUGUGCGGCAAGCCCCUGCCCGGUCUCAUUCAAACAGUACCUCACAACAAACCCUCGGUAUAGGGGGAAGCACAACGUCCACUCCCGGCGUAGCGCCGCAGCAGACCCCCUCAGGAGGCUCUGGAACAGAGCCUCUAAAACAUAUGAGAGCUUCUAAGGAAGACUCCUGUGAAAGAGUCUUAAAAAGCGCCAUGAAACGCCAUAACUUAAGCGAGCAGGACUGGCGUCAGUAUGUUCUCGUGAUCUGUUAUGGGGACCAAGAACGGAUUUUGGAAUUGGACGAAAAGCCAGUUCUCAUGUUCAAAAAUCUCAAACAGCAGGGUCUUCAUCCUGCAAUCAUGCUGAGACAACGCGGAGAUUUUGAAGAGGUUGGGGGCGGGCUAACGCCCGGCGGGAGGCUGUAA